CAAGGGCCCCUUGCUGCCCGCCUUGCUUGUGCUUUGCUUUGCCCCGACCCGACCCAAAGCAUCUGCCCUGCCACCAAUACCCAGCGUCACUCUCGCGACUCGACUCUCCAUCACUCUCCCCCAACUCGCGCCGGGCACGGCGACCUCCGGCUCGGGAUCGAUGGGGUCGCGGCGGCGUCAUCUCGCCGCCGUCGCGGCGCUGCUGCUGUGCUGCGGCCUACUCCGCGGCGCGUCCGCGGCGCCGGCGGCGUCGUCGUUCGGCGACAACUUCGAGAUCACGGGCGCCGAGGACCACGUCAAGACCUCCGCCGACGGCCAGACCUGGUACCUCUACCUCGACAACAAGACAGGCGUCGGGUUCCAGACCAAGGAGCGCUACCUCUUCGGGUGGUUCAGCAUGAAGCUCAAGCUCGUCGGCAACGACUCCGCCGGCGUCGUCACCGCCUACUACAUGUGCUCCGACGUCGACGCCGCCCCGCAGCGCGACGAGCUGGACUUCGAGUUCCUGGGCAACCGCACGGGGCAGCCCUACAUCAUCCAGACCAACGUGUACCACAACGGCGUCGGCGGCCGCGAGAUGCGCCACUCGCUCUGGUUCGACCCCACCGCCGACUUCCACACCUACGCCAUCCUCUGGAACACCAAGCACAUCGUGUUCUUCGUGGACAAGGUGCCGAUCCGGGUGUACCCGAACGACGCGAGCAAGCCGGGCGGCGGCAGCGGCUUCUUCCCGGCGGGCAAGCCCAUGUACAUCUUCUCCAGCAUCUGGAACGCCGACGACUGGGCGACGCGGGGCGGGCUGGAGAAGACGGACUGGGCCAAGGCGCCCUUCGUGUCCUCGUACCGGGACUUCGCCGCCGACGCCUGCGCGUGGCCGGCCGAGUCCGGCUCCGGCGCGCCGGCGUGCGCGGCGGCGACCGGGGACAGCUGGUGGGACCAGCCGCCCGCGUGGGCGCUGGACGAGGCGCAGCGGAUGGACAACGCCUGGGUCGCCCGCAACGUCCUCAUCUACGACUACUGCGACGACCGCAAGCGGUUCCCCGCGCCGCCCGAGGAGUGCGCGCUCCGGAACGCCGCCGGCAGCUCCUCGUGACGGGAAGCUCGCCGAUGAUCCCUUCUUUUUUUUGUGUGUGUGUGUGUUUUGGUUAUCGAUUUUUGGGGAGGAAGGUCGGUGGUAUACGGUGGUCGCCGGUCGGACCGAUGGUUGUCACGUUCGGGGACGAACAAAAUGCAUGCCGGUCAUUCUUUUGGGGGAAUGGAUUCAAUUUUGCUGCUCCAGAGUCCAGAGCAACC